AUGUUCACGGGAUACGCCGAGAAUUUGAAGGGCUACCGCUUUUACAACUUCGAGUCAAACAAGAUGAGGAUGACCAGAUUACUGAAGCUCGACGAGCACGAGGUCGACGGCAUAUACGACUCAGCGUCGACGGAGAGCACGACGGUCAUCUAA